CAUAAAACGCGCCCAAACAGGUCUCUUUCCUUAAACUCACAUUCAUCGGAUACUCCAUCACUUCCGCUCUCAACAUCCUCUAUUCUCUCUCCACCACCGUCGACGGAGGAGAUCUGAUCUCUAACCGCCGGAGAAUAAGAUUCAUACGACUGAUCUUGCUGCUCAUAGUGGUGGCGCAUUUGCACUUGCGUCCCCGUCUCACCACUCCCACCACCGGAAUCACCACCACGAGUACUGACGAAUCUUCAAUUGGAGGUUAGGGGUUAUGUAGCUUGGUGGUGCAUGCAAUUAUAUUUGGGAGUCAGUGAUUUGAAGUGAGAGAAAGAGUAACAAGAAGAGGUAUCAGUGAGAGGGAGUAAACCAGCAGUAUGGCAGCCAUGAGUAGGGCAAUUUAUGAAGGUGCAGAUUAUCUUUUAGACAUGGAAUUGACCAACUCGAAUAAAAAAAGACGCAGGCGUGAAGCCUCAAGUUUUGAAAAUGGUAAAGUGGAUGAAGACUAUGCUUCAUUUUUGGAGGGUUUACAAGAAUUUUGGGAUGAAAAAUUUGUGGAGGAAGGUGAUGAUGAUCCCACUUAUAUGGAAUUCUUGAAAAACUUGGAAGAACGUAACAAUGCAUAUAUGUGUAACGUGUCCACAGAGAAUGGUGUAUUAAUUCCAAUAUGUUAUGAAGAGGAGGAGGAUUUUCGGCAUUUGCCUUGUGAGAAUAAGAGGAAAACUCCAAAAUCUCGUAGCGGUACUUGCAUUCCUGACAAGAAGAACUUAUAUCAGGAUGAGAAUUUGAAAUCAACCCGGAAAAGAUCCGGUGCAGAGAAUGACUCAUCUGACGUGUUACAGAGGAGCUUAAAUGUGGCUAAUGAUCUGAAGUCCGGUCUGAAAAAAUUUAGUUCCAAAUGUGGUCAUCAUGAUGGGAACAAGAAGAAAACUCCACAAUCUCCCAUGGGUGGUAGUGUGAAAUCCGGUCUAAAAAAUUCUGGUUCCAAAAUUGGUCAUCAUGAUGGGAACAAGAAGAAAACUCCACAAUCUCCCAUGGGUGGUCGUGUUGGGGAUAAUAGAAGCGUAUACAUAGAUGUUGAUCAGGAAAUUUCUGAUUCUGGAAAUGAUCAUCUUGAUAGGAUCAAGAGGAAAACUCCACAAUCUUACAACGGUGAUCAUGUUAGGAAGAAUAGGAGCUUAGAUGUGGGUAGUGAUCAGAGAUCAGGUCCAACAUAUUCUGGUUUUCAUAAGAAAACGUCUGUAGUAAUUGAUGAGACUUAUGAAAAGUUCUUGAAAAGUCUCCAUGUCUCUGAAAAGUCUGUGUUCUAUGAAUAUGACCAAGAUCGAAUUUUUUACGAACCCUGCGAUCAGCAAACAACUGAUGUUGAAACUGAACCACUUGAGAAAGAUAUGAGACCACCACCCUCGACUCUGAGACCUUCAACCCCAAUUCCAGGACCACAUACCCCAUUUUCCAGACCAAAAACUACCACACAAAUAAAACCAACUACAACACCAUUUUCCAGACCAAAAACUACCACACAAAUAAAACCAACUACAAAAGAUGACCAUAUUACGCUCAGCGUACCUAACAAGACAUGCAAGAACAGUGAAAAGUCUCGAAGAAAGUCUUCCUCAUUCUGGAUAGAUGAAGGGUUGCAUGAUUACCUCAGAAAGCCCUUUACACAACAGGAGUUAAAAAAUCUUUGGGAGCAAUUGUCUACUAGAAAGCCUGUGAAAAUUCAUAGGGAAUCUCGCAGUGGAGGAACUGACAAACUGGGACAUUUGGGAAAAUCUUAUCUUGAUUUAUAUCCUGAUCUGAACGAAGAAAUACAAAAGGUCAAAUCCGAUCAUCCUAAGGUCUUGAAUCUGCUACGAAUGUGUGCAUUCUAUCUGAAGAAAAUCCCUUCAUUUGAAAUAAAUCCUGGGUUUCCUUGGAAGGAUGAUUUGUCUAGGAGUAUUUUGCCUGGAUCGUCCUAGAUGACUAUAAAAUGGUAACACUUGACUGUAGUUCUGAGAAACGUCAUGGUUAAUUUUGUGAAAUUCUCACAUCAAAUUCUGAUUUUAGCUAUAGUUAACCGCGCAUAGAUACACAAAUGUUGAACAAAGGGAAUGGAUCAAUGAAUAACCUAGUUCAUUGAAGACUCCCUUUUUGUAAGUCAAGUUUCUAUGUGUUUAGAUAAUAAUAAUAAGAUGGGUUAUAUAUAUAUAUAUAUUAUGACAUAAA